GCACGACUUGUUGCUUCUGCAUGUCGACAUCAUUUGGGUUCCGAAAAUCCCCGAGCAUUGUACCUCUGUGCAACACUUGCAGCAAAAGAUGAAUCAACUGUUAAGGAUGCCGAAAAACUUUUAGAAAAGACAACAGUGAACAGCCGUCUGCAUCAUUUGCUUGGCGAUUUUUUGACGAAAAUGAAUCGACCGAUUGAUGCAUGUCAUCAGUACAGGUUGGAAUCCUUAGUUACAUGGAAAUUGCUGUUUGAAUUAUAUCGAUUGUAUCGUUAG